UAAAAUUUUAAAGCGAAAGAUGUCUUCUCAAACACAAAACUGAUCUUGAGAGAAAACAUGUGUUUGUAUGCUUUCAAAAGUCCUCAGUUUACGCAGCUCUCGUCACGGAUUAGAUCAAAUUAGGUGAAAGCAGCGAAAAUUCUCGCUAUAAUGCCAUCUACAUUCUGGUUAUUUCUUCUUGCACUGUUUCAUCUUCCAGCCAUUGUAUGGGGCCAUGCAAGGCUCAUGUCACCACCCUCGCGAUCCAGUAUGUGGAGACUCGGUUUUCCAACGAGGAAGAACUUCAAUGACAACGCUCUCUAUUGCGGUGGUAUGCAGGUGCAGUGGCAGAGGAACGGCGGCAAAUGCGGAAUCUGUGGGGAUCCCUACGACAUGCCACAUCCCAGAGACAAUGAAGCGGGAGGAAAGUAUGGAAGAGGAAUAAUUUCUAGACGCUAUUUAUCGGGACAAGUCAUGGAAGCUACUGUAGAGGUUACCACAAACCACCGAGGCUAUUUUGAAUUCAAGCUAUGUCCGAAUAACAAUCCCAAGAAAGAAGCCACGCAAGAAUGUUUAGACAAACAUAUACUGAGAGAAGCCGGUGGAAUCGGAACACGUUACUAUAUCGGGGAUAGAGGUAGAGGAGACAUAACAGUACAUCUACAACUCCCGAAAGGCCUCACAUGCUCUCAAUGUGUGUUUCAGUGGACGUACGUAGCAGGUAACAACUGGGGACUAUGUGAGAAUGGACAAUCCGCUCUAGGCUGUGGACCCCAAGAGACCUUCAGGGGUUGUGCAGAUAUCGCCAUCGAAAGAAGUUCGGAUGUCUUUAACUUCAGGCCUAGUCCAAACGACGUUCGUGGCAAAGCUCCCAAUCCUAAGAGAAGGAAACAAGGAUACUACCAGAAUGAAGCAAAUGACAAAUACCCAGAUUAUACUCUAGAGACAACCAAACAAAAUCGCAAAAACGGAAGCCGACAUAAAUAUCACGACGAAAAAAACCGAAAUCACUACAGCAAAAGGUAUCAGAGUAAAAGAGGAGAAUUUUACUCUUCAAGGCAAACGAAUGAAAACUCGCUUGAUUUGCCUCAGCAAAUUGAGAAGCCAAAUGCGAGCGUACAUGAUGCCGAGGACCAUAAGAAACAGCAUUAUAAUCGAAAAAAUAACAACGGGCAUCACCACAAGUCUAACAAUUCUGAUAAUAACGGAUAUAAUGCGAACACUUAUAAUAAUGGACAUCAAUACAAUAAGCACAAUAUUCGUCACCAGAAUACCAAUAAUUUUGAUGGUAAAGCAUUCUCUUCCAAAACCCAUGGUGGCAGAAGUGGCUUUCCCUUUAUAGAAGGAAGGCAAAAUUUUGAGCGGAGUCCCAGAGGUGAUACCAGUUUGGAAGACAGACAAGAGAAUGGGAAUCGUUUCAAUACUAACGCUCAUUCGACACCAAGGAAGCAGACCUUCGAAGAUAACCGCAAAGAGAGUAGAAAUUUACAUGAGCAUCGUGAUAAAAGCAGUAAAUCUGGGAGAGGACAGAAAAAGCAAAGCAGAAGAAAAAAUGACAGAUUUUCGUCCACUCUUAACGCGAAAAGAUACGAAGCUGAAAGAUCUUCUCGCGAAUUUACUUUAGGAGGAAGAAGGUACAAAGAUUUUUGGUUACUGUAAAGGAAACAUAGCGUUUUCAGCUUAUACGAUCUUGUCUUGAACGCAAGUGGGGAUCCAAAGUUUACAAGUACUCAUAGCAUUGUUAUAAAACGCAGAUCAGUUACUGGCUUUUAUUAGACCAUAUUCAAGGGUGAAAGUCAACAGUUUACCUCCAGAAUAUAUCCUGAUAGCCUUAUCAUAAGACUUAAAAAUUAAUGGAUUCAUUUUGGAACUGUCUAAGAUUCCCAGCUGCCAAGACGUAGAAGACUCAUAAAUCAUGAAGUGCUUCUUGGUGCGUCACAAAGUAUUCGAAUUUAAAUAGAUGUUUUAACAUUUUCAUUCCAUUAGCAGUAUCGUAAUUGGCCGAAUCAAAAUAUUCUGCAAUACGGAGUUUUGAAAUCGAAAUAAAGCAAGCAGACUGGUAGCAUCUAUAAGUUCAUGUGGUGUGUUAGUUUAUCAAUCCUAACAUUAUGCCUUGACAAGCACUGCGAGAAAAUACCAACAGAGACCAGCAGAUGCUAAAAAUGGUUUUAGCUUCAUAUGCUAGUUUUUAAAUUUUAUUCGUAGGAUAGACUGAUAAUUGAAUAUUUUGUUAAACUGCACAUGCGAAUGAAGUGAAUAGCGUGAGAAGCUUACAAAAAAUACUUUUAGUGCCAUUUUGUGGGAUUAGUAAUUCAUGUACUCAUUCCAUUAUUAAUACGUAUAAUACCCAUUGAUAAAACUGAUGCACGUUUUUAUCUGUGUCACCUAAAUUCACUCAUCAUUAUUUGUAUGCUUCUCUAUAUAUACAUCUACUUGUGUUUGUAUUUCUGCUUUUAAUUUCAUGAAGUUUUAAUAAAAAAUUA